AAAAAGGCUCCCGUCCCCCCCAGGUCAGGCUCCGUGUUUUCGGGCAGGGCAGCAGCGAUGGCCCCACUCAGCCUGUCCCAGCUGCUGGACGUCGCCAUCGGGACGCCCGAGGUCGGGGCCGUCAACUUCACAGCACUGCACAGCCUGCUGCAGGCCAUGCUUGGGCAUCUGGGCCUGCAGGACCUGCCAGCCCAGGAGCUGGGGCACAGCCUGACCCCCCUCCUGGGGGGGGACCAGCCUGCCAAAGCACACCCCGGCCUGGAGAAGAAGGGAGACAGGACCGAGGCCUGGGCCCAGGGCACGGGACAGCAGCCCCAGGAGCCGGGGGAGCGGCUGCCUGGAAAGGAGCCGCUGCAGGGCGCCACAAGCAGCCCCCAGGUCGCCUCCGUGGCCGCCGACGUGGGGCAGAUGAAGAAGAAGAUUGAAGCGAACGAGAGUGGCAUCUCCAAGGCCAUGGCUCUCUCCCAGGAUCUCCUUGAGGAGAUUGGCGGGAUGAAGGCGGCGCAGUCCCGCAUGGGAGAGGACAUCCGGACGCUCCAGGAGACACUUGGCUUGGGGAACCUCCAGGAUGCUGCUGGCCGGCUGCCGGGUCUCCAUGACCAGACCACGUUGGACAAUGAUGUGGUAUGGCCGCAAACGUGCCCAGAUCCUGCUCCAGGACAGGAGGCAGCUGCAUCCCCAGGGGACCAAUGCACCCAGUCCUUCCAUGCCAGGACAUGGUCCCCAGCAGUGCUGGGCAGCGAUGCUGGGGGGGGGGGCAGGCCUCCCGUGGAUCCCACCCCACCCCCAGCUACGCAGCCGGGCUGA